AUUGGUGAAAUAGGCAAAAGUCGUGGUAUUCUGAUCACAUCUUACACUAAUGUGCGCCUUUUGCAAGAGGACCUGCAGAAAUAUCAUUGGCAUUAUAUCAUCCUGGAUGAGGGCCACAAGAUCCGCAAUCCUAAUGCAGCAGUCACUCUGGCUUGUAAACAGUUUCGUACUCCACAUCGUAUAAUCCUGUCUGGUUCCCCAAUGCAAAACAAUUUGCGGGAGUUAUGGUCUCUGUUUGACUUUGUGUUCCCAGGAAAAUUGGGUACUCUUCCAGUGUUCAUGGAGCAGUUUUCUGUACCCAUCACCAUGGGAGGGUAUGCCAAUGCUUCUCCUGUACAGGUAUGG